AUGCAGGGCCACAUCCCCCUGAACAGUAACCAGAGCUUUAAUGCUGAGGAAGUGGAGCGACUACUCAUGCUACAGCCGAGUCAGCUGCUUGAGGCAGGGACUGAGGAGGGACUUUUCCCCACCAGCCACGACCCGUCUCUCUACAGAAGCCCGGGCUCUGAUCUCAGGUCACACUGGAGGAAACAGAGGGACAUCAGCCAGGUCCAUGUGCAGGACAAGGACAAUGGGAACGACUUUCCGGGCGCUGCCUCCCCCGUGAUCCCAGCUCCUAAAACAGAAGGAAACCGGGACUCCCGAGGGCUCAGGGCUGCCCGUAUCCGGACCCCAGAUCCCUGCAUCGAUGGGAAUAACAUUCCCUCUGCAGUAUGUAAUCCCAGUUGUCCUGCUGGAUUCAGGAAGUUGCCUUUGGAGGGGAAGCCUCCUUGUUGCUUCAGCUGCUCCCCAUGCUCAGAAGGAGAAAUGUCCAGCCAUAUGGAUGCCGAGCAGUGUAAGAAGUGCCCAGAGGAUGAGUAUCCCAAUAAGCAGAGAGAUCGCUGCCUCCCCAAGUCUGUGACCUUCCUGGAUGUGAAUGAAACCUGGGGGAUGGCAGUGACACUUGUAGCUGUUUCACUCUCAUUGCUCACGGCCCUGGUUCUGUGGGUCUUUGUGAAGUUCCAAGACACUCCCAUAGUCCAAGCCAAUAACAGGAACUUCAGCUACCUGCUCCUCACCUCCCUUUCCUCCUGCUUUCUCUGCUCCUUGCUCUUUGUGGGCCGUCCCACCACUGCUUCCUGCCUUCUCCGACAAACAGUAUUUGCAGUUGUGUUCACAGUGGCUGUUUCCUCCAUUCUGGCCAAAACCAUCAUCGUGGUUCUGGCUUUCAGGGUGACAGGGCCAGGGAGCAGGAUGCGGAUGUUCCUUCAUCCCAGAGUGCCCUACUGUGUGGUUCUCAUCUGCUCCGGAAUCCAAGGGCUUUCCUGUGCCAUCUGGUUGGGGACCCAUCCCCCCUUUCCAGAAGCAGACAUAAGCUCUGAAUCCAGGCACAUCAUCCUCACUUGUAACGAGGGCUCCGCCUUUGCAUUUUACUGUGUCCUGGGCUACAUGGGCUUUCUGGCCCUGGGCAGCUUCACCAUAGCCUUCCUGGCCAGUAACCUACCCGAUGCCUUCAACGAAGCCAAGUUCAUCACGUUCAGCAUGUUGGUGUUUUGCAGCGUCUGGGUCUCUUUCCUCCCCACGUAUCAGAGCUCCAAAGGGAAAGCCGUGAUGAUUGUGGAGAUCUUCUCCAUCUUGGCCUCCAGUGCCGGGUUACUGGGCUGCAUUUUUAUUCCCAAAUGUCUUGUGAUUCUUCUGAUAUCAUGGGAAAAUAACACAAAACAGAGCAAGAAUCAAAGGAGUUCCAGGAGCAAGAAUUCUUUUUUUUUUUAAUAAUUUGAUAUCUUUAUUUUCCCCCGUUCCAUAUGAAACAACAUUUUUAACUUUUUUUUAAUGCUUUGACUUCCCCAUUCUCUCCCUUCUUUCCCAACCCCAGAACCAUUGAGAUAUCACACGUACAGUUACACAAAAUAUUUAUACAAAUGUCUUGUUGAGAAAUACAUGUGUAUCAUUCCUUGGAUUAAUAAAAAGAAUCCUUAAAAUAA